AUGGAGAACAAAAUGAUUUCCACUAUUCCUUCAUCACCGGCACUUUUUGUGUCCUUCCUCUUUGCCACCAGCUUUCUCUGUCUCUUUCCUGAAGUUACUCUGGCUACUUCAAAGCAUGGAGGCGUUACAAGGCACUACAAGUUCGAUGUAAGGCUGAAAAACGUUACGAGGUUGUGCAACACAAAGAGCAUGAUUACCGUGAACGGGAAGUUCCCUGGACCCCGCGUUGUUGCAAGGGAAGGGGACAGGUUAUUGGUUAAGGUGGUUAAUCAUGUUCCAAACAAUAUCAGCAUUCACUGGCAUGGAGUGAGACAGGUUCGGAGUGGAUGGUCAGAUGGGCCAUCUUACAUAACUCAAUGCCCCAUUCAAACCGGAAAGAGUUAUGUCUACAAUUUCACCAUCGUUGGGCAGAGAGGAACACUUUUCUGGCAUGCUCACAUCUCAUGGUUAAGAGCUACACUUUAUGGACCUCUAAUCCUCCUCCCUCGCCGCAACGAAUCUUACCCUUUUGACAAACCCUACAAACAAGUCCCCAUCCUCUUUGGUGAGUGGUGGAACGUGGAUCCUGAGGCUGUUAUUGCACAAGCCCUUCAGACAGGGGCUGGCCCAAAUGUCUCUGAUGCCUACACCAUUAACGGAUUUCCUGGGGCCCUCUACAAUUGCUCCAAAAACGAUACAUACAAGUUAAAGGUGAAACCAGGGAAGACUUAUCUACUUCGUUUGAUCAACGCUGCACUCAACGAUGAAUUGUUUUUCAGCAUAGCAAACCACACCUUGGUUACUGUUGAAGCUGAUGCUUCUUACGUUAAACCUUUCGCGUCCGAGAUAAUCGUUAUUUCGCCAGGACAAACCACAAAUGUUUUGUUAAAGACAAAACCUGAGUACCCAAACUCCACUUUCUUCAUGCUAGCGAGGCCAUAUUUCACUGGGAUGGGCACUUUCGACAAUUCCACAGUAGCUGGAAUUCUAGAGUACGAGAAACCAACACCACAUGAUCAUAACAUUGCUCCUAACUCUUCAACCCCUUUGAAACCAACGCUUCCAGCCAUCAAUGCCACUUCCUUCGUUGCAAAUUUCAGCAGCAAAUUUCGCAGCUUGAAUAGCUUCAAGCACCCCGCGAAUGUGCCUCAAAAUGUUGACAAGAGUUUUUUCUUCACGGUGGGACUUGGGACAAAUCCAUGCCCAAGAAACCAAACAUGCCAAGGACCAAAUAAUAGUUCAAAAUUUGAAGCUUCCAUUAACAACGUAUCGUUUGCUCUACCUUCCGUUGCAAUUCUCCAACAACAUUUCUUUGGGCAGGCUAAUAAUGGUGUUUAUACAACGGAUUUCCCAGUUGUACCAUUAAGGCCAUUCAACUAUACGGGGACUCCACCAAACAACACCAGGGUCAGUAAUGGAACCAAGACAGUGGUUAUACCGUAUAAUACACGUGUGCAGGUUGUGCUGCAGGACACAAGCAUUUUGGGAGCUGAGAGCCAUCCGUUGCACCUUCAUGGGUUCAAUUUCUAUGUUGUGGGUCAAGGUUUUGGGAACUUUAAUCCUAAUACUGACCCUGCAAAAUUCAAUCUUGUUGACCCCGUUGAGAGGAACACUGUUAGUGUGCCCUCCGGUGGUUGGGUUGCUAUACGGUUCCUCGCUGAUAACCCAGGUGUAUGGCUGAUGCACUGCCACUUUGAUGUCCACCUUAGUUGGGGGUUGAGGAUGGCUUGGAUAGUUGAGGAUGGGAAGCUCCCUAAUCAGAAGUUGCCUCCUCCACCGGCUGAUCUCCCUAAGUGUUGA